GGCAAGCUUGACGUGUCAAACUUCCACUGUUCUGUUAGCGUUUUUUUCUGCACAACUCACCACCCACUUUGUGGACUCCAUCGACUGGGUGGAGAAGGAAAGAAAUCUGAAAAGAAAUUAACUGAUUUGACCGUCAGUUCAAGCUGAGCUCCUCGUUUGGGAAUUUGGGAUUUUAAAAAAAAUACGCAAUGGAGCUGACAGCUAAAAGUCAUUCUGUCACCUUGAACAAUGGGUUGAAAAUGCCUCUUAUGGGUAUAGGGACCUAUGGAGACCCUCGGAAGACUCCUAAAGGAACCACGUAUAACGCAGUCAAGCUGGCUAUCGAGGUUGGAUACAGGCACAUCGAUGGAGCUUUGGUGUAUUUCAAUGAGCAUGAAGUCGGCCAAGCCAUCCGAGACAAAAUUGCAGAUGGGACAGUGAAAAGAGAGGACAUUUACUACUGUGGAAAGUUGUGGAACACGUUUCAUCCUCCUGAGCUUGUAAGACCAGCACUGGAACAAACUCUCAAAGAACUGCAACUGGACUAUGUGGAUCUCUACAUCAUCGAACUCCCCAUAGCUUUUAAGCCAGGGGAUACUUUCCAUCCAAAGGAUGAGAACGGGAAAUAUAUUUACCAUCACACAGACCUUUGUGCCACAUGGGAGGCAUUAGAGGCCUGUAAAGACGCAGGGCUGGUAAAAUCUCUCGGCGUGUCUAACUUCAAUAAACGGCAGCUCGAGCUGAUUCUGAAUAAGCCAGGUCUAAAGUACAAACCUGUGUCGAAUCAGAUUGAAUGCCACCCGUACUUCACUCAGCCUAAAAUGAUGGAAUUUUGUAAGCAGAAUGAAAUUGUCAUUGUUGGAUACAGUCCUCUAGGAACAUCCAGAGAUCCAUCUUGGGUGAAUUUAAAGUGUCCCCCUAUGCUGGAGGAUGAGAUUCUGGUGGCCAUUGCUAAGAAGUAUAAGAAGAGCACAGCUCAGGUAGCGCUUAGGUUCAAUGUGCAGCGAGGUGUAGUGGUCAUUCCAAAGAGCUUCAACCCAGAGCGCAUCAAGAAGAACUUUGAGAUAUUUGACUUCAAUUUGACUGAUGAUGAAAUGAAGGCGAUUGAAGGGCUUAACAAAAACAUUCGCUUUGUGGAGCUUCUCAUGUGGAGUGAUCAUCCCGAAUAUCCGUUCCAUGAAGAAUAUUAGAGAUGAAGAAUGAAGAAUGAAGAGAUUAGAGCAAAAAAACAAAACAAUGUAUGAUAUAAAUGAUAUAAAUGCAUUUUUUUAAAUAUUAUUAGCAUGCCCCAUUAUUUCAUCUUACAAUUACCUCAUAAUUAAUAAAAGAAAUAAUUUUAUAACACAUCA